AUGGAAGGAGAACUAGGAAUAAUGGAUCCGAAUAUUCUGGAGGAAAACGUUUGGGAAGACGAAGAUGGAAAUUUAUUAGAAGGAAAAAGCGAAAGCGAACCGGAAAUAGAUUUUCACGAAGAAUUAAUUAAAAUAAAUAAUUGGCUUUCGAGAGAACCAUAUCUACCCAAACAUUUAGACGAAGAACUUUUAAUAACGUUUCUUUGGAAUUCUCAAGACGUGGCAGAAGCACAAGAUAAAUUAAUGAAUUAUUAUUAUGCGAGACAAUCAAUGAAAUCCGUUUUCGAAGAUAGACAUCCAUGCAGUCCGAAUAAUUUACUUAAAUACGAUGCCGUGUGCGUCGUACCACUUACAAACGGUUUAGAUAAAAAAUGGAUAAUAUUUGCCACGUGGUUGUCACAUGAUGAUCCUUCGAAAUUUAGCAUGUUUCACGUUAUGAAAUUAAUUUUUACCGAAUUGGAUAUACUAUUACAGGAAAAUCAAAUCCGUGGUAAAACCGUAUCGGUGAUAAUAGAUAUGAAAGGUUUUACCAAAGAACAUACGGAUAUGAUAACAAAAUUUGGAGCUCAUAAAAUGUGUUCUUUGUUCACCGAUAGUUUUCCCGCCAAAUUUAACGGUUUUUAUAUAAUAAACGCACCGCAACACGUAUCAGAUUAUACGACUUUAUUUAAACCCUUCGACUUUCACAUAGUAAAAUAUUUAGAAGAUUUACCGGGUUUUUUACCGAAAAGAUUUUUAACAUGCGAUUUAGCAGGCGAACCUGAUGCACCAACGAGAGAAUGUCUAUUCGAUCCUUUUUUUAAAAGAUUAAGAAGGUGCGGAAAUUGGUUGGCUUACGAAGAAUAUUUAAGAUCGCAAGAAAUGAUGUUGAGAAUGACGACGACGAGAGCCGAAUUUAAUUUUGGAGCUCCAGGGUAA